GAGAGAGUGAUGCCCAUCAGAGAGACAAUUCUGACGUCGGCCUGGUAUACAUGAUGGAGAAGGCAAGAAGUUCAUGCCAUGCACUACAGUUCAGGAGAUGUAAACUUGGGAUCAGGAGCUAUGGGGGUGGUGAUCAGAGAUGACAAGGGGCGGUUUUUGGCGGCAAAGGUCAUCCCUGUCGCUCUUGAUGCUGCUUCAGCGGAAGCCCAGCCGGUCCUUGAUGGCAUACAUCCAGCUAAUCGUGUCCCUCAACUUCAAGCCUGUUGCAACCUACUGAUGCGUGCUAGACAUCAAUCUGUAAGCUAAUAGCACUAGUCAGGCGCAGUGUUCACGUCAGAUAUUCCAGAUGGAAGUCGCAGAACCAUCUAUAUAUCUCAGCAAGGCCACAACUCUAUUAUGGCGUGGGUUCAAAUGGAGACGACCGGCGGCAAGAUGCUGAAGCCGGUGUACUCGGCGCCGCACCCGCUCGCGGGCGAGAUGGUCCCGCUGACGCUCUUUGACCGCGCCGCCAUGGACAUCUUUGUCUCCCUCAUCCUCGUGUACCCCGCCCCGACUCCGUCCAACGAGGCGCUCGUGGAGGGCCUGCGCAGGGCUGUCGCGCCGUACCCUCACCUGGCCGGACGACUCGCGGUCGACCGCUCAGGCCGGCGCUCCAUCCACCUCAACAACGACGGCGUGCUUGUCCUGGACGCCGAGGUCCCUGUCGAUAUGGCGAGCGUGGUCGCCGACGGCUGCUUUACCGACACCACCGACGGCCUGUACCCUGCACUCCCGCUGCCGAAGGAGAACGUCGGGGCGGCGCUGCUGCAGAUCAAGCUGAACCGGUACAAGUGCGGCGGCCUCGUGAUCGGCAUCAUCCACCACCACCACGCGGCCGACGGCCACUCAUUCAGCAACUUCCUCACCACGUGGGCCAGCGCAGUUCGCCAAGCCAGCGAGUUCACCGCCCCGUCGCCUUCCCUCGACCGCACGGCGACUGCCGUGCCUCGGAGCGUGCCGACGCCGGCGUUCGACCACCGGUGCACCGAGUUCAGCGGAGAAGAAGACGGCCGUCGCAGGUCGAACUCCUACCCCACGUGCAAGAUCAAGAAUCUCACGUUGCGCUUCACGGCCGAGUUCGUCACAGAGCUCAAGGCCCGCGUCGGCGCCCCAUGCAGCACGUUCCAGUGCCUUCUCGCGCACGUGUGGAAGAAGAUCACGGCGGCGCGCCGCCUGAAGCCCGACGAGUUCACGCAGGUCAGGGUGGCCGUGGACUGCCGGGGCAGGGCCAACCCUGCCGUCCCGCCGGACUUCUUCGGGAACAUGGUUCUGUGGGCAUUCCCGAGGCUCCAAGUCCGGGACGUCCUGGGCUGGACCUACGGCGGCGUGGUAGGCGCCAUCCGCGACGCCAUCGGGCGCGUCGACGCCGCCUACAUCCAGUCGUUCGUGGACUUCGGGAGCGUGGCGGACGCGAACUGGGAGGAGCUCGCGGCGACGGCGCCAGACUUCGGCAUGAUGCUCUGCCCGGACCUGGAGGUGGACAGCAGUCUGGGUUUCAGGUUCCACCAGAUUGACCUCGGCAAUGGGCCGCCAUCCGCGUUCCUCAUGCCGGACUUGCCCGUCGAGGGGCUCAUGACAUUCGUGCCAUCGUGCUCAGCCAAGGGCAGCGUCGACGUCCACAUGGCCGUCGCCGAGGAUCACGUCGCGGCGCUUGAGCAUAUAUGCUACUCCUUGGACGAAAGAGCUAAACCGAAGUUGUAAAAUGCUCCAUUAGUUUUGAAGGUCGCUUGGCACACCCACACUAUCUUCAGAGUUUGUGAUUAUUCCAUUUCUUUUUUGCAUAUAUACAUGUAACUUAACAACGCUGUGCAUUGCAAAGCUAAAUUUUAUUCCGUCAAUUUGUUCAGGUGUAAAUGGUACGGAUAUAGACGAUCGACCAUCCUAUCAUGAAAUAAAUGUG